CUAAACCAAUACCCCCAUGCUCUCGCGCCCGGUAAUGCGGGGCCAUUUGGGUGACGAAAUCGAGCUUGCGCAGCGGAUUGCAGGUGGUCGCACUCACAGUCGUAAACCGCCCGCCCUUCUCCAGCAUCGCGACCACGGACGAGGCCCUCCUGCGCUCUAGUCGCACCGCCGCCAAAAUGUCCGAGGAGGCUCUGGUCGACACAGUCUGUGACUUCACAGGGCUCAGGAAAGAGCUCGACAGAGACCUGAUCCUCUCGGCUUUAAGGGCCAAGGGCAACAGCACCGAAGCCGUUGUCGCAGAGUUCUACGAAGAUGAGGGCAAGUUCCGACAACAGUACACGUGGACUGAGCUGCCCUUCCUAGCCGAUCGCGACGGAACUCUCCCCGAUGCCGCGGGCAUCCCCACAUUCUCCAUCCAGGGCGCCGACGAUGGCGGCAUCAUACACGGUGUGCCGCCCUCGGCCAGCGUCCCUCCAUCGCGCCCUCCAUCGCGCACCGAUAACCGCUCGCCGCUCGGCAGGAUGGUAGACUGGACCGCUAAUGGAACAUCAGGUGUACCUAGCUCGAGAGCGCAGGAGGAGGCAGAUCUCCAGCGGGCGCUAGCCGAGUCCGCCGCACACUCAGGGCUACAGGUACCGCCCCAGGAAACUGGCGUGACAGGUGCCCAGGGCGAUGACGUCCACCUCCCCUUCUUUGGUCCCGCGGUUCGAGACCACUACGACCAGAGCCAGUGGGCGGUUGUGCCUGUUGCACGCGAAAGGCCCGACCCCAGACCAUCGGUUAGGAAGCGAGAUCCGGGAGUCCCCGCUUUUCUGAGGUGUCGGAAGGACGGAACCGACCAGCAGCGACUGGGUGCCCUCAUCACCAUAUACCACGAGAUACCUGCGAUCCGGAACUUGCUGCUCGAAACGGGGCCGCCUGCCACGACGUACGGCACCAAUAACCUCUGGUGGAAAGGCGAGCCCAUCCUGCCCAAGACCCAGGAGGAGCCGCCGGUCCAACAGGAGGAGGACCUGAUGGAAUGGGAGUACACUCCAGAGCCCGACUUUUGCGAGGAAAUCCACCGGUUGGUAGCAUUCCUAGACCUCACCGAGAGGAGCUACGGUACGGCGGACGUGUUGGCGAGCCUGAGGGUCUUGAAGGAUGACUGGGGCUCCGAUGCUGUGCCUGAGACAAAAUUCUUCAAUACACUGAAGGAGCACCACAGUCAAGACACAAUCUCGCGCCUCUUCUGGGGAGUCCGUAUAUUUUCUUUCAGCUCCUCAGGGUCCGCUAUCGACGAUGAACCUGACAGGUUUGCCGUUCUGGAAAUGCGCCUCAAUGCCGGGCAGUACCAGAAAAUCGAGACGCUAUACGACGCCUGGGACGAGCUUUAUUGGAUCGACGUCAACAGCCUCAGUGAAGAUGAAUCGAGCCUUCGAACCGCAGCAAUCACCGAGAUAGGUGAUGUGCUGACCAUGACAUUUGGCGGCGAGGGUGGUCUGGUCCGCCCGCUCGACAUCCCCGAGACCUUCUACAUCGAUCGCUACCUUGCGGAGAGGUGUGACGAAUCGUUGGAGCAGCAGCUCGAGAUCCGAUCGCUGCGCCGCAGGCUCACCGAGGUGGACCGCCUCGAGUUUGAUCUCACAAAGUGGUGGAGCCGGAAGGAUGAGCAAUGGAAGGACAAGACCUCGAUAAGCAGGGGCGUCAUCGAGGACCGCGUUGCCAAGGAGAAGGACCUUCGAUUCACCGCCCUCAGGCGCAGGUGGUUUGAGCUGGUCGACACCCCCGAAUACUUCCACUUCAUACCCGGCUACAUGGACGGCAAGAUCAAAUUCACCGACACGGAGCUGGCGCUGCUCGAGCAGUGGGAGCGGGAUAAGAAGCUCCACGAAGGCCUCACCGAGACGAUCGCAAAGAAGAAAGAGGACUACACGAAGCUGAGGGGCGAAAUCGAGGCCGAGAUCCGUGCACGCACACUCAAAAACAGCAUCCCCUGCCCGGAGGAGGGAUGGAAGCCUACGCACCGAUACAAUCUCAGGGGGGUGGUCACAUCGAACGAUACAUACGUCGCGCGUCGGUCGGAGCCGGAUCUGAUCGACAUGGAAAACGAGUCUCGACCCUCGGACCAAUGGUGGCGGCUCUCGUAUGUUGCGACUGACGAGGAAAACCCGCUCAGGAUCUCUAUGUCUACGGCGGAGGAAGCUAGGCAGGCCGCGUCCACGGAGGGCAAGGCGCCGUACCUGGUGUAUGCCAACGACGCGGCGAUGGAUGAGGCUCCAACACCGCUCUCGGCGGCCCUUCGGACCUUUAUCAAGUUCGACAACCGCUACUUCAAACAAGAGCUGAUCGAGCAGACGCCUGAGGAUGUCCGCGCUUCAAGAACGUCCAAGCCUGCGUUGCCGGCGCGUUCUUCGGCACAGGAGCUCCACCAGAUGGUGCAACAGCCGGAGCGACAGGAGCAGCAGCAGCCACCACCCCUGGUCUCUUUCGACGAGCCGCCGUCGGCGGAAUCGCAGCCGGCCAGUGGCGCGAGGACGACGAGCACCGAGAUAUUCCCAAACAGCAACGGCAGCGGCAGCGGCAGCGGCAACAGUCUUAGCAACGACGCCUCGCUAGAGUAUGUGGACGAGGGGGUCGAGAUGACGGAGAUACAGCUGGUCGACACAACCCUGACCCCUGGCAGCAGUACCAACACAACCGACAUCCACACACCCUCGACCCAGCGGUCCGAGGCCGCCAAGGAGCCGGUCGAGCGGCCGCGGACGCCCCCAGUCGAUGGGGCGAAGUAGAGGUAGAUUCAUCUGGUCAAAAUGUACAUCAUAGCAGGCGUGGCAUGUUCGUGUAGCUAAGAUACCCCAUUCUAUACGUAGCGGUUUGCUGCAUUCACACGAUACACGUUGGAUUGGGAUCGUCUUUUCUGGUUAUUUGCCGUCAUCCUAUCCCCCAUGGAUGCGUACUCACUCGUUUUCCUUGGGCGUCCGUUGGUGGAUUUAGGGGCUGGAUGUCGUGAGCAAAGGUACAUGGUGCCAAGGACUAUCUAGACAACUCGGUGCACAAAGCUUGUAGAGAGAAACCGGG